AUGCGCUCCUCGCUUGAGGACGUCCCUGACGAGAUAAUCCGCCAUAUUCUGCUCUAUCUACCGCCGGAGCACACGAUCCAGAGCUUUCAGUUGGUCUCGCGCCGAUAUCAUCACCUUUCGAACGAGCCCCUUCUCUGGCGAUGGCACUGUCGAAGCUCGUUUCGCUUCUGGCACCCCGAACAUAGGCUUUCAGAGAAGCUUGCGGCGCUCGCGUCUGCGGUGGACUGGAGGGGGUUAUGGGUUACGAGGAAGCAAAGGAACGACAAGGCGGCGCGGUUAUUGGACGGCGUGAUCGCAACAAAGGUCGGCCAGCUCAAACGGAUGCAAGGCAUUUGCGAGCUGGGCUACGAUGUGAAAGACUUCCUACUGGAGCAGUGUCAUGUCGAUGAUGACGCCGAAGAUGUCCUGGCAAGGAGGUACUACGCGAACUCGGCAUUGGACAGCAUACAUAGGGGGGCGGCGGUGGAAUUGUGGUCUCGGUAUCAGGGCCGAGCACUGAGCUCUGAGGGACUUGAUACUGCGCUGGGUGCGUUUGAUAUGUUUGUGUUGCACGACCGGGAAGAGGACCUCGAUUACGUGGUACGGACGCUUGAUAACCUCGCCGACCAGUUCAGGACCGAGCACCCGACCUUCGAAGAUCUAUCCACCAGAGAGAAAGCUCUCUCCCUCGUCCGCUGGUUAAGAGCAAAUAAUCUUACCGGCAUGGACAACCCUGAAAUCAACUACCGUAACCUCAGGAACUGCUUCAUCGGUCAUGCCCUGUCUGAAGAAGACCACCCUUCCCUGCCUAUCAUAUCGAGCGCCAUCUUCACCUGUAUCGCCGAGCGCCUGGGAUUGACCGCUUUUUGUCUCGGCUUUCCCAACCAUGUUCACGCAGCAGUGUACGCCCCGGCCGGGAUGGAUCUGGACGGAGGAGAAACGGAUGAAUCAGAUGGGGAAAAGAAGCGAAUGUGCUUGGACCCGUACGGAUCUGACCAAGAGGUCACCCUCAGAGACUUACGGCUUAGGCUUGUCGAGUUUGGCUGGACACAGGGGACCGAGGCCUUCCUCACGCCGUCACCCGUUCCGAUUAUCGUGCAGCGGACGGCACAAAAUAUCAAGUCUACUUACGAUUCAGUCCGCGAUCUCGCAGAUAACGACACCUUGGGGGCUGAGAUGAAGCGCUUGCGGAGUGGCUACCCUGGUUUGAACAUGGAUGCAGCGAGAUACGCUUCGAUGUGGGCAGAGCUUCUGAUGAAGCAAACAUCUAGCUUCCACUGGGACUCGAACCUCGACUCCUUCCUUCAAAAAUUUACCUUAUCCUGGAGCGAGGACGUCUGGAUAGUCAAGAAGUACCUUGUACCCCUAUACGACCAAUUCGUGAUUUCGCAGCCGAACCGCCGGCCGCGAAACCCCUGGCACAAUGUACACGAAGCCCUCGGCAUGCUAGAGAACCUUGAUAAAAGGAUACCGGAGCUCAGCCGGCGGUACACGGAAGACAUAACGGCGCGCGUCCGCUAUAAGAUCGGCCAGGUCUUUCGUCAUCGGCGGUACGGUUACAUUGGUAUCAUCAACGGUUGGGCGGCUAUGGGCAGCGCCAGCCUUCCGAUGCCGCAUUAUCUCGACGCUGCCGAGGCUGAGGAAGAAGGCGACGUGUUUGAUCCGACAGAGUCGGUGCAUUCGAGCAGGUUGGGGCCGCAGAGGACGUAUUAUACCUGCCUCUCACCCAGGAAGACUACCGUUGACCGGCUGCGUGUGGCCCAGGAUAACGUGGUUAUCGUCACGGACCCUAACGUCAUCUCGGACGACCUCAUGUUCGUGGCGGGAAAGUUCUUUCUGCGAUUUGAUCCAGAAACUUGCACAUUCGUGUCGAACCUCAAGGAGUACUACCCCGACGACUGA